AUGGGGAAGCCUUAUCUAGGGUUAGUGGCACUCUUUUGGGUUGUAUCUUCUUUGUUGUGCUUCAUCACUUCUCCAUCAGCUUCAGCUGCUGAUAUCCAUGGUGGAGAACAGCCUUUAGCUAAAAUAGCUAUCCACAAGACUGUUCUCGCAUUACGUGACUCUGCCUCCAUCUUUGCCAGUCCUUCUCUUCUUGGCAAAAAUGAUGAGGAUACUGAAUGGAUCACAGUGGAGCUUGUGAACAAAGAUCCAGCUGAGGAUGACUGGGUUGGAGUUUUUUCUCCAGCAAAAUUUAAUGACUCUCUUUGCUAUCCGACGCUGGAGGACUCUUAUGAGGAGUCUCCAUACAUUUGCACUGCCCCCAUAAAGUACAAAUAUGCAAAUGACUCCAACCGGUACUACACCUCAACAGGCAAAACUUCACUCACAUUCCAGUUGAUCAAUCAGCGAUCUGAUUUCUCAUUUGCAUUGUUCUCCGGAGGAUUGUCAAAUCCAAAACUGGUAGCAGUUUCAAAUACCAUAGUAUUUGCAAAUCCAAAAGCGCCUGUUUUCCCACGACUUGCUCAGGGAAAGGCUUGGGAUGAAAUGACAGUAACAUGGACAAGCGGCUAUAACAUAGAUGAAGCCUAUCCUUUUGUUGAGUGGGGAUGGAAGGGACAUGCUGCAAUGCGUUCACCAGCAGGAACAUUAACUUUUAACCGAGGCAGUUUGUGUGGUCCUCCUGCAAGGACAGUUGGUUGGCGUCAUCCUGGUUAUAUUCACACUAGUUUCUUAAAAAAUUUGUGGCCAAACACCUUGUACCAAUACAAGGUCGGUCACCUUUUAGAGGAUGGUUCGUAUGUUUGGAGUAAGACUUAUUACUUCCGAGCUUCCCCAUAUCCAGGGCAAGAGUCAUUGCAGCGAGUUAUAAUAUUUGGUGACAUGGGAAAGGCAGAGCGUGAUGGUUCAAAUGAGUAUGCAAAUUAUCAGCCAGGAUCACUCAAUACUACUGACCAACUCAUCAGAGAUCUCCCCAACAUUGACAUAGUUUUCUUGAUAGGAGAUCUCCCAUAUGCAAAUGGAUACAUCUCUCAAUGGGACCAGUUCACUGCUCAGGUUGCAGCUAUUACAUCGACUAAAGCCUUUAUGAUUGCAAGUGGCAACCAUGAACGAGAUUGGCUCAAUUCAGGAUCAUUCUUUAACGUUCAGGAUUCUGGGGGAGAAUGUGGUGUACCAGCUGAGAAUUACUAUGUUCCUGCGAAAAGAGAAUUCUGGUAUCAAACAGAUUAUGGGAUGUUUCGCUUUUGCAUAAUUGAUUCUGAGCAUGACUGGAGAGAGGGAUCUGAACAAUAUCAGUUCAUCGAAAAAUGCCUUGCAUCAGUAGAUAGAAAGCACCAACCUUGGUUGAUUUUCGCAGCUCAUCGUGUCCUUGGAUACUCUUCCAAUGAUUGGUAUGCUAAAGAAGGAUCUUUUGAAGAGCCUGAGGGAAGGGCACACUUGCAGAAGCUUUGGCAGAAGUACAAAGUAGACAUUGCAUUCUUUGGCCAUGUUCAUAACUAUGAAAGGACUUGCCCUAUAUAUCAGAACCAAUGCGUUAAAGAUGGAAAAUCACAUUACUCCGGGGUGGUGAAUGGAACUAUACAUGUAAUCGUGGGAGGAGGAGGAAGUCACUUGUCCCAAUUCACUCCAACCAAUACUUUUUGGAGUCUUUACAAAGAUUAUGACUGGGGAUUUGUGAAACUGACGGCUUUCAAUCGCUCCUCGCUACUUUUCGAGUACAAGAAGAGUAGAGAUGGAGAGGUCUACGACUCCUUCACCAUCUCUAGGGAUUACAGAGAUGUCUUAGCUUGUGUGCAUGAUGGUUGUGAAUUUACAACUUUAGCAUCAUGA